CUGAUUGAAUCAGUCCAAUUAAAUUAUUAAUGUUGCUAGUUUGUGAAUAACAAAUCCACCUGCUUGACUAAUAUAUUUAGUCUGUAUUUUAGGUGUCUCUAACCGAGCUGAAACUUCAAAGUAACGCAAUGAUACCCACAGUGUUCCUCUCGGGCUUGCUGUGUUCGGGAAUUGCUACGGGCUUUGUUUAUAGAGACGAAAGGACAAAGGUUGCGAAUUUUGAAGACAAACAUAAAGGUCAGAGCCUUAUGGGUCACGUGAUACAAACACUCCAAGUCUCGUCCCGGUUUGACUGCGCCAUUCAGUGCACGAGUCACGAGCAGUGCAGGUCAUAUAACUACCAGGACACUUCGCCAACACAAACUCACACAUGCGAGCUGAACGACAGGUCGCACGUGGACGGGACCGGGUCACUCAAGCCGAGGACUGGGUACAGCUACUUCGCCAGUAGAUUUGAGUCUGAAAAAUGUGACAGCUGUCAUGAAGAAUCCACGUGUCUUGAGCCGCGCGAUGGGCACGUUCUCUGCGUAUGCGCUGAGGGAAAAGAAGGGAGGAGCUGUGAGCAAUGGAAGAGUGAUGCAGCCGAUUUCUCUCUCACGUUUGAUCGACGCUCAGUAGAUGACUUUGUGAAAAUUGAGGAAGCCAUUGCAGCAGAACUGAGUCAGCUGACCGCGUGUUUGUGGGCUCGCUACAAUGAAUCUCGUUCCCAGACCUUUUUGUCGUAUUCUACAAAAAAUACGCCCGAUGAGCUAAAACUCUCAUGCGAGAGCGAAGUCUGCAACAUCACAAUCAAUGGAACCACACACACCAUGACAACUAUCCCUUUGAAUGAUGAUCAGUGGCAUCACGUGUGCAUCACGUGGUCUAACACAGCGGGGGACUGGGAGUUACACAUUGACGGAGUCCGAAGAAACAACAACACAAGCCUCGCGCCAGCUCACUUGAUUGGUCCAGGGGGGGCAUUUGUUCUUGGUCAGGGAUCCCGUGCUUUUAUGAAUAGCGAUGAUGAAGAUACAUUCGUUGGAGCACUGUUUGGGGUCGAUGUAUGGGAUAAAGUGUUAAGUGAAGAAAACUUAACCGACUUUGUCAAGUCUGAGGUCCAUCGGCCAGGAAAUACAAUCGACUGGAGAUCAUUUAAGGGACAAACGCUACAUGGGGAUGUUAGACGUAUCUCGCCAUCAGAGAAAAGCGGUAAGUAG